AGCGUGGCGAGCCGCGGCCAGCCAGGGCCCCGGAGCAAGCGGACCGGUCAGCGACCCUGCCAGAGCCAGAGCGGACAGAGCAGCGCCCGGGCGCACGCUUGGCACCAUGACCCAGACGCCCGCCUUCGACAAGCCCAAAGUGGAGCUGCAUGUCCACCUGGAUGGAGCCAUCAAGCCUGAAACCAUCUUAUUCUAUGGCAGGCAAAGGGGGAUCAAGCUGCCGGCUGACACAGUGGAGGAGCUGCAGAACAUCAUCGGCAUGGACCAACCGCUCUCACUCCCCGGCUUCCUCGCCAAGUUCGACUACUACAUGCCUGCCAUUGCGGGCUCCCGGGAGGCCAUCAAAAGAAUCGCCUAUGAGUUUGUGGAGAUGAAGGCCAAGGAGAAGGUGGUGUAUGUGGAGGUGCGCUACAGCCCACACCUGCUGGCCAACUCAAAGGUGCAGCCAAUCCCCUGGAACCAAGCCGAAGGUGACCUCACUCCGGACGAGGUGGUGAUGCUGGUGAACCAGGGCCUACAGGAGGGGCAGCGAGACUUCGGGGUCAAGGUGCGCUCCAUCUUGUGCUGCAUGCGCCACCAGCCUGAGUGGUCCCCGGAAGUGGUGGAGCUGUGUAAGAAGUACCGGGAUCAGACGGUGGUGGCCAUUGACCUGGCGGGGGACGAGACCAUUCCCGGAAGUAGCCUCUUUAACGGACACAGAGAGGCGUAUGAGGAGGCUGUGAGGAGCGGUGUCCACCGCACUGUCCACGCUGGGGAGGUGGGCUCGGCCGAGGUGGUGCAGCAGGCUGUGGACAUCCUCAAGACCGAAAGGCUGGGCCACGGCUACCAUACCCUGGAGGACGAGGCGCUCUACAGCAGGCUGCGGCAACAGGACAUGCACUUCGAGGUCUGCCCCUGGUCCAGCUACCUCACUGGGGCCUGGAAGCCGGAAACGCAGCAUGCAGUGGUUCGGUUUAAAAAUGACGUAGCCAACUACUCAAUUAACACGGAUGAUCCACUCAUCUUCAAAUCUACCCUGGACACAGAUUACCAGAUGAUCAAACGGGAUAUGGGCUUUACUGAAGAGGAGUUUCAGAGAGUGAACAUCAAUGCAGCCAGGUCCAGCUUCCUCCCGGAAAAUGAGAAGCAGGAGCUCCUGAGCCAACUCUACAAAGCCUACGGGCUUUCUUCAUCAGCCUCUGCCGGAAAGCUGUGAGCCUAGGAGCCCAGUGGCUGUGUCUCGCCUCUGACCAUCCCCAGGCGGGGACCGGGCUCCUGCCAGUAGCGUGGAUGGAAACUGCCUGAGGGGAUACAGGCAGACAUCUGGUGCCCAAUAAAGAGGCAAGUGGCUGGUGU